AUGAGUGAUAAGAAAAAUAAUAAACUUAUUCACUAUAACAUACCUUAAAAUAAUAAUCAAUUAGAUCAUCCCCAUUAUACAUUACAACUGUAGAUUGUAGCAUUUUAAGAUUAAACCAUUAAUAAUUUUAAAAAUAUUAUCAUUGAAAAAGAUUCCGAACUUUAAGUACCAAAAUAAUCAAUUUUAUAGAAAAAAAAUCAAGAAAAUGCUUAGUUAAGCUAGUAAAUUUAAAUUAUUGAGAAAUAACAUAUUCAAUAAUAAAUGCCACAAUAAUAAGAAAAUUCGAAUAUUUUAAAUUUAUAAACUCAGCAUUAAAAAAACUUUAGAUGA